GGGAUAUGGAUAACACUGCGGAUACAACAAUGCGGUCUGCCUAAAAAUUCAGUUGCAUUUGAGCCAAACUGCUGCAGGAGAAAAAAUGACUUGCUGUCUAAAUUGUCUGUGUUGUUAUUGUCCUAUAGUACAUCAACCAAACAUACCACUUCGCAUUGUACUGAUUGGAAAAACUGGAGUUGGGAAAAGUGCAGUUGGAAAUUGCAUUCUCGGUAGAAAAGCUUUUGAAUCAUCCCCUUUUGUAAAUUCUGUUACUCAUGUAUGCAGAAAGGAAAGGGUGAAUGUCGGAAGAGACAUUUAUGUUAUUGAUACGCCUGGCAUUUUGCACACCAGUAAAUCGCUAGAUGAGAUCAAACCAGAAAUUGUGAGGUGCAUUCAGGUGUCAGCACCAGGUCCUCAUGUGUUCCUGCUGGUGUUCCAAAUUUACCGUUUCACAAACGAGGAGCAAAAUUCUGUUCGGGCUUUACAAGAGCUCUUUGGUGAAGAAGCUUCAAAAUACAUGAUAGUGGUCUUCACUCAUGGAGAUUUGCUCAAAGAUGAAACAAUUCAAGAAUAUGUCCAAAAAGGCCACAAUGAACUCCGAAGAGUCAUCCAGAGCUGUGGAAGCAGAUAUGUUGUUUUUGAUGCCACUAACAUGAGGAAUCGAUCUCAGGUGAAAUUAUUAAUUGAGAAAAUAGAUGAGAUGGUGGCAGCUAAUGGAGGAGGUUGCUUUACUCAAGAAAUGUAUGAAGAAGCAGAAGAACUGAUGAAACAACAACAACAACAGCAGCAGAUAGAGAGAGAGUUGGCAGAGCUUCUGGAGUAUGAUAAAAUCCCUGCCUUCCAACAAACAUUGCUUGAGGCCGGACUCAUUAACAUUUUAGAGUGUGCAGAGCCGGCGCCAGAUCAUGACUAACAGGGGAGCACUUGGCUUCCAAUGGGGGGGCACGCAAUAGCAACAAUAACUUGCAAAAACAAGACAUUAAAACAACAAAUACAGUGCAAGCACACACUCAUACAACUGGUACAGACUGUCAGCUCAUUUCCCGUAUAAAGUGCAAAAGACCACAAACUAUGCGCAAGACUAUUGAACUUUGACUGUGGCGUGAGCGCAAGCUGAGCUCCGCUGCGCUUUGCUCGACACAACAACAAACCGCCCUCGCGCGCCGCAAGCCAUUGAAAUGAAUGGGUUUCAUAGCGCAGCGCACACCACGUCCUAGCUUAAAAAAGCAGCUUUACCAUAGUCACAUCGUAAUGCUGUUAACGGUCUAUAGCCACAGUUCACAUUUAAGCUUACGUAAUUUAAAACAACGCUAACUUACCUUUAAAAUAGCUGAAGACGGCGUGUACGAACAUUAAACUUUUAAACAUUAAACAUUAAAACAGUGUCCUGUAGAUUUGUAAAUUCCACCUCGACCUCUAAUCUCUGAGUUUGAGCCAGUCUGUGUUUGCACCAAUAUAUCCAAUCAGAGAAACUGGUCUAUUUUAAUUAAAGAAAACAUAUACCAACUAUAUUUUCCUCAUUUGAUUACAUAACAAGUCAUGAAACAUUCAAUGUUUAAUUUAUUUUAAUUAUUCUUGAUAUAUAUUAAAUUAAUAAAAAACUUUUUAGGGGGGGCACAACAACCUGUUUGGGGGGGCACUGCCCGCGAAUGCCCCCCCUUGACGCCGGCCCUGAGAGUGUGAUAAUUUAAUGUUUUAUUACACCAUGGUAGGAAAUUUUAUUUAAGUUGGAGCAGCAUACAGUCUCUGACAGGUUCCCCUUGACCCCCCAGUCACAUUAGCUACAAGCGACAGAGACAGAGCGACAGUCUGCUAUUCAUUUUCAAUGGAAGUGGCCGUUUGCCAGCGACAAGCGACGAGCUCGCCGCUGCGCGAGCAAGGCAGGGCCAAAAUAGAAAAGCAGGCUAUUUUAUGCAAAUGAUGAGCGAUGCGACAAAGCGACUGCCAAUCGGAGUGAAGGAGCAGCGUGACGUAGGUCUGUGGUCGAGUCUGAGAAAAUAAUUCAAGAUGGCGGAAAAUGCGUAUUUAUGUAUAUAUCUGAUAAGUUUGGCAUUUUAUCUCAUAUAUUUUGUUACUCUUAUUGAGAAAUAAAUACUUUUAAAUCCAAAAACACCGUUCUUGUAACUUAACAAUACCUCUAAAGUGACUUUUGAUACCGAUUUUAGAAACUAGCCAAGAAACGCCCAAGUGUCAUUCACUUUUGUAGCUAAUGUGACUGUAGGGUUAGGAUCAC